AUGCUGAUGACAAGGCUCAAACCUUUUCGCUUUAAGCAAACUCAUUUCCAGCAAAAAUGGGCGGCCAAGUCACUCACCCGAGGCUACCACGGCGCCAACAUCAAGGAGUCCGACUGGUCUCGCAUGUUCUCUCGCCGCCUUUACUCUGCCGUUGACAUGCCCCCGGCCUACCUCGCCAAGUACGACGGCUCCGAACAGGCUGGCGGCCGCGGUUCCGGCCGCAAAGACCUGGAUAUCAACGCCGGCUCGUUCUCCCGCUCCGAGAAGGAGCGCAAACAGCGCAUCAUCUCAGACAGAGAGGACAAGCUUCCUUAUGUCCACCCCAGGCUGGCCAAGAGGGACGACUUCUCAGAACUCCUAGGCAGACCCGUUAGGCAUAUGACGCCCUACAUGCAAAUGGCGUUUGCGCCGCUCGAGAGGAGACUAGACGUGGCCAUCUUCCGUGCCAUGUUCGCCAGCAGUACCCUCCAGGCGAAGCAGUUCUGCACACACGGCGCCGUCAAGGUCAACGGCAAGACGAUGCGCUAUGGUGCUUACCUCCUGAACCCAGGCGACAUGUUCCAAGUCGACGUAGACUCCGUUCUCUAUGCCACUGGCCGACCCAAGACCCCCUUACACGCAAAGUGGCUCGCCGGCGAAGACUAUGAAACUCUCCGGGCUGCAAAGAGGGAGGAAUACCGUAACAAGAGCAACAGCUCAGAAGCAGCUGCUGAGGCCCCGGCUGAGACCGAAGCCGAGGCCUCCGAAGAGAAAGUCGAGGCUGAGUCUGCAGCCAAGGACGAGGGCGAGGAAGCAGAGGGUGAGGGCGAGGUAGCCGAGGCCACAGAGGAGCUCACUGAGGAGCAGCGCGCCGCGCAGCAGAAGAAGCAGCUUAAGGCCCUCAUCAGCUCCGCCAAGGCACUCCUCUACGACGGGAAUGGCCUCAACCCUCGCAAGAAGCGCCAGCUCCGUGCCUUCACGAGCGAGGUCAAGCGCGCCCUCUCCCAGGCCGGCCGCACCGCCGAGAGUGCCACCAUCAGCCCCGACAACGUCAUUGACCACCUCUCCUCCAUGCUCAAGGACUUCAAGCUGGAGGGCAACCAGGUCGAGGCCAUCAUUUCCCCUGAGCAGGAGCAGCAGCAGCAGGAACAACAAGAGUCAGAGAAGGCGGAGCAAAAGGUCAGCGCCAAGAAACAAGAGACCAGGGACACCAUCAAGGAGCUCAUCACCAGCGACGAGGUGCGCCAGGCUGUCAAGGGCCUGUCCCUGGCCGAGCAGACGGCUCUCGCAAGCCUGCUCCGCACCAACGCCGAGAACCCCAUCGACGAGUCCAAGCCGUACUGGACCCCCUGGGAACCCCGCCGCUACAUGGCCCCCUUCGCCUUCAUCCCUCGCUACCUCGAGGUGAACCAGAACAUCUGCGCCGCCGUCUACCUCCGCCACCCCGUCGCCCGUCGUGGUUUCGCCGAAGUGCCCACACCCUUCUCUUACGAGACAAACCAGCUCGCCUUUAACUGGUACUUGAGGAGGCGGUAG